CUCUCACACACACACACACACACACACACACAGACACACACACUGUGAGUAUAUUCGGGACGCAGUGAGGAUCAGCUGAUGUCGGAGCUGCUGGAUGUUUCUGACAAACAUCAGGUGCUGAAGACGAACAGAUACAGACAUGAUCCCCUAUUCUCCCUGAGGAACGGACCAAUCAGCAGUCAGGAUGAUGCCCAAGCAGCUGGCUCAGACGUCCCCAGGGAGCGUGUUGUCGCUGAGAGGCUCCGGCAUCCCAGGAUCCCCUGCUGCCGCCAUCGUGAUCCGAGUGGAGGAUGGGGUUAUCGGCUACAAGGACUUGGCGGCGUUGCCGAGAGACAAAGCCAUUCUGGACAUCGAGCGACCAGACCUGAUGAUCUACCAGCCGCACUACAGCUACAGUCCACUAGAGAGGUCUUUGUCUCCUCGCUCCAUCUCUCCUCCUCCCUCCCCAGAGAACCUGCCCAAGGAUUGGCUGGAGAACCGUUCCCCCGGAGGUUCCUCUCCCGGUUCCACCGUCCCGACCAGCAGAACAGACAGCGCACACACACCACCAACACCACACACACUGAACACACUGAACACACACUCCUCUGGUACCAAGAGCUCCGUGCUGCACUUCCACAGGCCUGAAAAUGGUUCCAACAUCUAUAAGAAGCCUCCGAUCUACAAACAAGACGUGUCGUCCUCUGUCGUCCCUCAGGGGAAACAGAUUGAGGAUCUGAUCAUCGAGUCGUCAAAGUUUCCAGCAGCUCAACCUCCAGACCCAAACCUGCCGUCCAAGAUCGAGACCGACUACUGGCCCUGCCCCCCCUCCAUGGCUGUGAUAGAGAAGGAGUGGAGGAGGAAGGAGCAGAGGGAUGAAGAUGAAGAGGAGGAUGAGGAGCAGGAUGAUGAACUGGGGGGACUCAGAAAUCUUCAGAAACAAGAACUCAACAAGAUUCAGUCUAAUCUUGGUAAAAUCAUCCUAAAGGAGGAGCUGGAAAAAUCUUCAACUCCUCUGAGGAGGAAAACUCGCUCCCUGCCGGACCGCAGCCAAAACACUGGGUCAAACGCCUCCAGGUCAGUUUGUUUCCCAGACGCCUCUAAGUCCGGCCUCUCCAGGCUUCAGUCCACAGAGUUCAGCUCCUCCCACAAAUCUCCUGCAGGUCUCCAGAACGGAGACUCGAGGAUGGACAGAGGGAACUCUCUUCCCAGCAUGUUGGAGCAUCAGGUUUACCCGUACGAGACGCUGGUGGUGACUCAGCGAGGACGAAGCAAACUGCCUCCUGGUGUGGACAGAACCAGACUGGAGCGCCACCUCUCUCAGGAGGAGUUCUUCAGUGUCUUCGGGAUGUCCAUCGACGACUUCGACUGCCUCUCUCUCUGGAAGAGGAACGACAUGAAGAAGAAGUUCUGUCUCUUCUGACAGUUGCCGGGACUCCACCUCCCACAAUCCCCUGCAUCUCCUGGGAUCACCGAUAGGAAACCACGCACUCUGAACAGAACGCCACUGUCAUCAUCAUCAUCAUCAUCAUCAUCAUCAUCAUCAUCAUCAUCAUCAUCAUCAUCAUCAUCAUCAUCAUCAUCUUCUUCUUCUUCUUCUUCAGAGCAGCGGCGUGUCGACGUCUCUGGUUUCAGGUUUGACUCUGGUGAGACUCAGAUCAGGUUUGAAUCUUCAGUCUCUGGAUGUUUGAGUCAAACGAUAAAACGACACAGCGAGAAGAAGAGCGGUGGGCGGGACCUCAGAGAGCCAGGGACCAAUUAAAAUUAGUUUUGAUAAAAACUCCACAGGAAAGUAAAAUUAAUUUAGAUUCAGAAUCGUCAACACCUGUUACUGAGCAGCAGCGCCCUCUGCAGCCACACGUUGGGAUCAGUUCUGUUGGGCUCCGUGUCCGAGCAAUGAAGUGACUGCGUCGUCCCACUGGAUAUUACCCAUGAUCCUCUGCUUCCUGACCCAGAAGAGCUGCUGCUGUAACAAAUCCACCAAACUCUGUUCAGAAUUCUUCAUAUUUCAAAGUUUCCUGCUGAAUAUUGGAGAUAAACUCUGGUUUUUAAUAACUUCAGAGUCUUUUUAACUGAUCUCAGUUCAGCAUUAAGGCUCAUUUAUUUGGACUUUACGUACGAAGAGAGAUUCGUCCGAUUCAAACCUUGUAACCGUCACUGCCCACGUAGUUUCAGUUGGCAUGACAGUUUAGCAAUAUGUCCACUAGAGGACAGCACAGAGUCAACAUGGUGAAGGUGGAGGAGGUGCGAUAACGUCCCUCUUGUCUCAGGUGAAAUAACAUCAUAUAGAUACUCGGAACAGUUUCACCAUUUCUUCCUCGUGUCCUAUGGAAUGAUCACAACACGUUUUAAUCUGCUGCUUUAAGGUAGAAAAGUUUUAUAGUGUUGAUUGAAGUUGAACUGGUUUUUACUGUUGAUCUCACACGACCACGAUUUUAAAAGAUACAACAUCAGCUGCACCAGGCGGUUGAAAGACUGAUCACAUGUUCCGCUGUCCACAUACUCUUAUUGUAUGUGACAAGUUCAAUAGUGACUCAUUAUGAUAAUGAAAUAAUGAAAAAUUUAAUGACUGAAUUUUUAAAAGUUUAAAAACUUUCAACUGUCAUCGGCUGAUUCUCGAAUCUGAACUGUGGCGGUGAAACUAUCUCCUUGUUUUUCUUUCUAUUUUAGCAAAAGCCACUGCCCUGUGUUAUCUAUGUACACUGCACACACACACACACACACACACACACACACACACACACACACACACACACACACACACACACACACACACACACACACACUCCUGGUCUGUGCGCUGAACAAUAACAAACGUGGAACCAGAGCUCGGAGACUGAGUCUGUCUGUAAUCACUUCUGCUCACCACUGUGGACUCAGUUUCCCACAAUGCAUCGCUCUCACGCUGAAUGAAGGAAAACUGAUGGAAAAACAUUUCUGUUGAACUUUGAAAAACAAACGACGGCGUUCAGCUUCGAUUAAAAAUCUUUCCAGCUGUUGACGUGAACCCUACGCUCGAGA